AUGCCUCUGGUCAUCACUAGAGUUUUGUCGUCUUUGGUACCAUCGUUGAUUGGUUACCUCAGUGACAAUGAUGUCAAUGACACUGCCCUUGGUGUGUUGGUUAAUGUGGCUCAGGCAAGCCCUGCCUCUCUCGCUCCCUACCUGUCUACACUGAGAAAUGUAGGUCAGAAGAACCCUUGGUUGUUGGGACACAUCGCUAAGAUCCAUGGGACAGUGGGUCUGACUAGUGAGGUCCAGGCCCGCGGGGCGCUGCAGUAUCUGGUGUCUCUGUUAGCGAGUACCGAGCACAGCGCCCAUCACACACUACUGCUGGAAAUCCGCUGCCUGACCGAUCGCUACACCUCCAUCCUGGGCGGCGCAGGAAAAGACAUCUACCGCAUGAGCAACAGUUUCACCGCCAUCGCUCGACUGCUAGGACGCAAGCUGGAGGCUGAUAGUACACUGAACAGAGGAGAGGAGAAGGUGCAGGAUUUGCCCAGGCCGUGUGAAGCCAAGUCUAGUUCUGACAUGUUUGCUGAGAACCAGCGUCUCCAGGUGAAGAUCCAGGCUUUUGAUCAGAAGAUUGGAGAUGAGGAGGAGGUGGAGUCUGAGAGAGAGGAUGCUUCUCCUGGUCCCCAGAGAUGCCACAGUCUGGGUCAGGCAGCGCGAGACGAGCACAGAGAGAUGAGGUUCAACAGGUCAAAGAGUCUGGCUCUUCACGCUGUACGCACACAAUCCAUUAACUCUGACAGCAGUCCAGAGGGAGAGGGGUUGGUGGAUGUGAGUACAGAACUCAAUGCCUGUGAGGCCAGUCCCAGCUCAGAGACUGGUCCUGUCCCUUUAGCCCUGCAGGAGAACCACAAAGAUCCCACAAAAAAUCCAUCUGACACCUCUCCAAACAUAGAGGGGCAAAAGGUGGAGGCUGGAGACCCCCGAGAAGGAGAUCGACUCUGGAUCCACCUGAGAGACAACAUGAAGGAAAUCAAAACCUUCUGUGCUGAAAUGAUCAAACUAAUCCCCAUACCUGAGCACUGUGUCAUUGAAGACUCCCAUCGUGGCUGUGUGGCUAAGCUGUCAUUCUCCUGUCCACUGAAAGGACACUACUGCCUCUAUGGAAAGUCCUGUUUCUCCCUGUGUAGCUGCCAGCCACAUAUCUGGAUCCAAAUCAUGCUUCUAGCACUGCAGAGUAAAGUGAGCGAGGCGUUGUGCUGUCAGGACGAGUGUGUGCAGCAGCUGAGGAAACUCUGGGAGAAAACACAGCUGACGGGAGCACACAGCUUCGAGCUGGCCAUGACCCAGACAACUGUUCCUCACAAGAAGGAUGUGGACAGUUUGCUGGUGUAUCUGGAGGAGGUUCGUUUCUUUGACCUUUUCAGCUACAGUGAAGAGGAAGGUGGCUGGCUCUGUUUCAUGUGCAGUAACCCAGAAAAAGCCACAGUCGUUAACCAGGAUGGCCAGCCACUCAUUGAAGGGAAGCUGAAGGAGAAACAGGUACGCUGGAAGUUCAUCAAAAGGUGGAAAACACGUUAUUUCACGCUUGCCGGCAACCAGCUUCUUUUCAGAAGAGGAAAAUCUAAGGACGAGCUGGACGACAGCACAAUUGAACUUAGCAAAGUGCAAAGCGUUAAGGUCGUAGCAAAGAAGAGGCGCGACCGCGGGCUGCCCAGAGCUUUCGAGAUCUUCACCGACAGCAAAACCUACGUGCUGAAAGCUCAAGAUGAGAAGCAUGCGGAAGAAUGGCUGCAGUGCAUCAACGUGGCUGUGGCCCAGGCCAAAGAACGCGAGAACCGCGAGGCCACCACAUACCUGUGACGCCUGUUCUGCUGUCACACAAACUGGCAUAUCAAGCCACAUGGGUACGUCUGAUUGCUGCGUUAUCUCAUUGCAAUGGUUUAACAACAUCAACGACAAAGGCCUUGUCUCAAAAGCCACCUUCUGCUGUUGCAGCCAUCCUCCACCUAAAUUCUUGCAAUAGGUUACUGAGACCGUCGGUUAGUACUUCGGACUUCUCGGACAAGGCUUGAAUUCAACAACAAGCGCGUCAUUUGGGGCAUGACCAAAGAAAAGAGUGACAUCCAAUGAAGCUGAGAAACAUCUGUUCCACACUUCCUGAAAAGUAUAGAAUAGUCAGAGUCAGCUAUUACUUACACUUAGGGUUGUUGUGGUAAAGAUGUUAACGCAUACAAUAAAUACGUUUAACACUGUUAAUUGUUAAACCCUAGAAUGCAUAACACUAAAAAUCUACACGAAUGCAUAAAGGGGGUCAAAGUGAUUCGAAAUGGAAUUAAAGGAGUAGUUCAC